AUGUUAUCCAGUUUCCGGCUCGAUGCCAUCAAUAGCAGCGCGACCAAUAUUCGCCAUGUUCCUCCACUCGCGUUGCCCUUCUCGCGCGCUCCACCGCCCUACAGCAGCUGCACCAGGUUAGGCAAACAGACAGCGGUGCACCACCUAUCGGAGACUAUGGGGUCUACCAAGGAGGAAUUGUAUCGAUCCAGUCUGGCUCGCCUUCAGCUGGAGCUGGGAUUGCCCGACCACGUCGCGAAGCAUCUUGACGCAGCGAUCAAAGAGCUGAUUGUCUCACCGGUGACGCAAGAUGGAGCACACUCCGUGUUGAACUACGGGAUCGACUUCGAGGCUGUUGCCAGCAAGGUGGAGAGCUGCCCUGACUUUCGACCUUAUUUCGAGAGAACGCGGUCCCACAGCUGGGUGACGUGCUUGAACAAUGCUCUCUACUUCUGGGCCCACGCAGUUUGUGGGAUCCCCGAGCUCUGGAAAAGAGAGACUCCCGCGAGCCAGAGAUCAUCAGUCAGCCAGGUGCACGAAUUUCCCCACGAUCCGGAAUCCACCGUUGAAAGUACACCAUCGUCUGCUACUCUCACAUCUCUUUCUGCUGGCAGUAGUAGGGAGGACUCUCCCGGUCACCCCAACGAUGUCUAUAUGGCUCCUCCAGGCAGCACCAGCCACCUGGCUGGGGAGCUCUGGAUGAGGGUAUACCCGGGCAAAUAUGUCAACUACAUCGAGAUCCGCGCCAUCAGCGGCGUUCAGGAGGUGGUGUUGAGCGGGCGGAUGCAGGACCUGUUUCGCGUGCGCUGUCCGCCGGGUCUCACCAAGUACGGGUACGACUACGUGCUGCCGCACUGUCGACGAUUCCUGGAGAAGCACCGGGGCGCGCCGCCCAACGCCGAGGUCGAGCUCUUCUACUACGUCAAGAUGCCGACCAUGGCGAGCCCGAUCCGCAUCGCCAUCUGGGACAACGGGUCGUGCGAAAUGGCUUACGACAGCUGGCUGCGCCUUAAGAACUCGCGAAUCCCGUUUCUGCUCUUCCUGGACGACCAGAAGCACACACGCCCGUCGCUGAAGCUCCUCUUGCCUCCCAUCUCGCCGCGCAAGCUACUCGAGAGCUCGCCAGACUCGGUGACACGAGGCGGCUACCGCCACCAGUCCGAGGGUUUAUGA